AAUAGAUCGGGAGGUAUUUGGUUUAUCGGCUCUUUCAAAAUCAGUCUGAUUGAUUUAGUCAGAAUCAACUGAAACUAGGAGUACACCAAAGACACGUAAAGAUGUGCUUCCAGCAUUUUCAUCGUUCUUGUGGUCCUCGUCGAAUAUCUUGAUCAACUUAACAACAUCAUGAAGAAAACUCAUGUCGUAGAAAGGAAAGCGAAAGCCAAAGCUGUGGAAGUGAAACAACAGCAACAAGAUCACAUCCAGUUCGUGAUCGACACCCAUGUUCAUCUUCUUUUGGCGCCACAGCUGCCCUAUUCUUGGCUGAGGAGUUUGCGUUUGAGCGAUGAGCAGCAACAGGUUCUACUUGAGCAAAAGUAUAAUUUCAAAGCGUGGCAACAAGUAGCUCAAGCUUGUUCCGAUGGUGGUCGAACAAGUUUUUUUGGAUCUUCAUCCGGACGAGAUAAAGAUGAACCUGGGGACAAAAGGGGAGCGGCGAACAACAGAACAUACGCUUUUCGCGUUCUGGGUGGAAUUUUUAUCGAGACUGGCGUGGACAGUGGAUUUGAACUCCAUGAAACACUUCUGGCGUUGGGCUAUGUCGUGGAAAACGAUGAAGAGUGGGCUCUCUUGAAGAAUGUUGACGACGCUCGUGAUGACGAGAAGGCCAUCAAGGCAGUAGCAGCACCGCCUCUUUUAGUUAAGGACCACAGGACGAGGACUGUCCAUUCUUCCUGAUUCAUUAUUCAUAUUCUCUCGAUAUUUCGUAAAGAGCAUUCUUCCUGAUUCAUUAUUCUCUCGAUAUUCAAUUUCGUAAAGACUAAAGAGCAGACCCUGCUUUGGACGAGAGCAUGAAUAUCUAUGGAAGAGGAGGUUGUAAGUAAUCACUUCAGAUGAAGUAGCAAGCUCUAAGUCCAGCGUCUGUGCUCAUUUGCCUUGCCAUGAAGGUGCUCUAGCUGUAAAAGCAGCAUGGGAGAGUAUACCUGUUUCGCUGAGAGGUCAUGUCGUUUCUACCAGGUUGCCGCUCCACGUACCUGGAUCCCCAGACAUCCUAUCGGACACUUUCAUAGAAGGACUUCGUGCACUUGGAAGUGGUACCCUUGAGGGACUUCGUGGACUACGAGAGGACGAAACAAGAACUCCAACCUGUCGUAGCUUGGAAGCACAGCAGGAGAGCGAAAGACCUUCUAAAGCUGGUGGCGCGAACUGCACUCCUGCUUCUUUACUCUACGAAUUUUGCGUUUACGGUGUGCCUGGAAUGAUUGCAGUAACGCGAGUCUGCGAUAUGCUGCCUGAUCAAAACUUUAUCUUACAACAUGCAGCCUUUAUUGGAGCGACUUCUAGUAAUGGCGGGAAAAGUACACGCACCAGCACCACUGGGCAUUGGACACAGGAAUGGCAUGCAGCUAUCACGGAGUUAGCAAAGAGGAAGAACUUAAUGGGCGUCAAAAUCAGUGUUAUGAACUGGUGUUAUGAGCGUUAGAUGGGAUUCGUCUUGUUGUACUGGAGUCAGGAUCGCUAGACUUCUCUACUACUACUAGUAUAUGAAGAACUCUUGGGAUGAUAUUAGCUAGAAGUACAGCUACUGCAUCUGCAACAGCAAGAGCUUCGAUACUAGUUUUAGCACCUCUGAGACUGAAGCAUCAGCUCAAAGCAUGAUAACUACUAGUACGUCUGCUAAACUCCUUAUGUUUACAACUAACUAGCUUCAACACUUCUGAGACUGAAGCAUCACAUAAAAAAUGCUCGCUUCUAACAGGAGUAUUGAGGAAUGGCGUCUGGCUGAAACGGAUAUGCCUUGUCUACCUUACAUUGACGAACUUAUCCGUGUUUUUGGGUGUCAGCGGAUUCUCGUUGGGAGUAAUUUCUUUCUCUGUGAGACAAAAGGGGAACAGGAACUACAAGCUAGAGCAAUUGGAGACCGAGUAGGUCUAGUAGGGAGCAUGAAUAGUAAGCAGAAACUAGACGGAGAUGAUCCAGAAGUUGAAAUUCUCUUGAGGAUGCAGUCUGGAGAGGGCUCUGCACGAGUAGGUGCAUCAGCCUCAGCCAAGAAUGGAAGAAUAUUCGGACAUGAAAGUAGAAGAGUUCAUGAUGACCAUGUCUUCCUGCCGGAAACAAGAACAUCUUCUGCCUCAAGUAGAACUACAGGAUCACCAUCUACUGCCUACGCGUCUUGUUUUGAACAGGUAGCUUUGAGUUUAGAUAGAUUGGGUGCUACUAGACAAGAUCGGGAUGAUGUGUUUUGGCGGAAUGCUGUGCGAAUUUAUCAUAGGAGUCGGAUCAAGAAAGAGGACGAUGUGUGAGACAUCCUUUAGAGAUCGAAGAUUCAGAUGUACUUGCGCAUGCACGUGCAUCAUGAGCGGCAUUAACUAACAAC